AUCGGGCUCGAGUAUCAAAAAUUCUACACGCGGGACCAUCGUAAAAACUGAGGAUCUUGCAGUCGGAGAAUAGAACCCUGCUAAAUUCUGUCUAAAUGACAUGCCUCCCAGGAAAAGAUCAGUGAAUGUAGAGGGCAGUCCAAAAGUAUAUGUUGACAUUGAUGAUGUUUCCUGGAGGAUUAAGUCUGAGGUUGUAGAUGAGGCUGAACCAACCGGAGUUCCAUGUAGUCCUGGAAAAUCCUCAUACUCUCUCAGGAACUCUCCAAGACUCCCACAGAUUGUACCAUCGGAAGAAGAGGCAUUGGAGAGUUCUGAUGGAGACUUCCUGUCAUCCUCCGAUGAAUACCAGCCAGAAUCUGAUGGUGACCAGUCGGAAAGUGAUCCCGGGGACCAGUGGGGUAUUGUUCCCGGGGACCAGUGGCGUAUUGUUCCCGGGGACGAGUCGGAUAUUGAUCCUGAAGUUGAGUGGGAUGAGACGGAUGACAGCGAGUUGGAGUGGACAGAUGUCAAAACUGAACCGGGCAGUGGACUGGUUCGUUGUGAAAGCGAGGACAGAAUAAUCUACCCAAGAGUGUCAAGAAAAUCCCUUGAAUCUCAGAAGGAGAAGGUAUCAAGAAAUCGGAGAACCAAUGAAGUAUCAUCUCGUCAAAUGUCCCUGAGGUCAUCAGGCUUGAGAACCAGGUCAAAUAAGGUAUAUACAGCAAAGUUGAUGCAUUCAAGGGAGAAGUCAUCCAAAAACAGAAAAGCAAGAUUUCAGAGUAAACAUCAGAAUCAAAACACAACAAUACAACAUGAAGAAAAUGAUCAAAGAAAGAGUAAACGGGAUGAGAAUGCCACACAAAUGUUGGAUGAAAUGUCAGAGUCCUCUCUGGGGGACCAUGAUGUGGAUGAGAUAGAGGAUAACCCUAGCAAGGAACACCACAGUUCUGAGAAGGGUAUGGGACCAAACCAAGGUAGAAGGACAGCCGAUUCCUCUGAUGUUCUGGGCCAGCAGCACAGUGAAGAUCCUUGGGAAGAAGAUGGAGAACUGGAGGAAAGCGGCCCUGAGCAACCUCCAGAGUACAACAUGGAGAAACUACCUAAGAGACGAUCAAAGGCAUCCCCUGCCAUAGAAUUGCUGCCAUACAGUGGAAAGAUCUCCAUUCUUGUGCGCAAAACAUUAACCAGGCAUGAAAGAAAGACCUGGUGUCUGUUUUGUGGCAGAAAGGUGUUCCAGCUGACUCUCCAUCUACAGUGCAAACACCCAAAGGAGAGAGAGGUUGUAGAGAUGAAAAAGUACGGUAUAAACACAAAGCUCAGGAAAAAAAGAUUACAGGCCAUCUUUGACAAGGGUCUGUGUCGACACAAUGACAAAAUUAUUGAGGCAGGCAAGGGGACCCUGAUCCCUCUGAGGCGCCCCCUCACUACAGAGGGUCUGACAGUAGACCAGUUCUGUCAAGGGUGCUAUGUCUUUGUGGAUAAGAAUUUUGUGGAAACUCAUAAAUUGUCCUGUAGAGGGCAGAGUGUGGAGACCAUGGAUAAGCAGGGAAAUGAGAAAUCUGAUGUGGAGGAAGAACCACGUCGGAACUUAUUGAGCAUCACUGAUGACAUGAUAAACACUUUACGGGAAAAGCUCAAGCAAAUCUCAAAGAAUGGACAGAUAAAGGUCAUAGAGGAUAAACAUCACAAUGGUGGUAUAAUCUGUGCCUAUUGUCAUAUCACCCCCUGCCACUUCUCACGACACAUAGAGAGGAAACACUCGAGAGAGCCGAUGGUGAAGGAAGUUCUCGGUCACCCCAUUGGUUCCCAAGAGAGAAAGACAGGGUGGACGAAACUGAGGAACACUUGCCAUUUCUUCCACAAUAAGUCUGUGCUGGAGGCAGGGUCCGGGGAGCUGGUGAUUGGCUACGUGCAAGCCAAUCAGAGCAAGGACCCCAGUCUGCUGGAUGUUUGUGACAGCUGCUACGGACUAUUUUGGUGUCUGCAGUCUCAUAUCAGAAGAUGUCAGAAACAACUGCUCCUUCAGGCCAAGAAAAAAACUUGUGAGUGUAUGUUAGUCAGAUCUGCAGACACAGAGAAUUCUAAAGAUGGAUCCCCUUCUAACCAAGUAGACAACACAAAUGGAACUGAUGGACCGACCAAGAAGGGCGACUCAGGUACUGGAAUUCAAUGGCAGAAGAGAUCAGAUGGAAAAAAGAAAUAUCGCAAGGUCAACUGUUGUGUGUACUGUCAAACUCCUCAAUACAAGAUGUCCAAGCACUAUGUGGAGAAGCAUGGGGCGAAGGAAGAGGUUCAAAAAGCUAUGAAGUAUCCCAAACGGUCCAGAGAAAGAAGAGACAUCUUCUCCAUGUUGAUAUUAAAAGGCAACAAUGAACACAACAAGAGAGUCCUACAGCGAGGGCAGGGGACAUUGAUACCUCCAAGGAAACUCCAGGAAGAGCCAGACCAGACUACGGAAGAGAACCUCUUUUCAUAUUGCUCUCUGUGUUUUGCUCGAGUACAUAGUGGUAAUAUGUGGGCCCACAUGAAAAGACAUCGAAUGUCGGAGCAAAAAACACCUCAGGAAACAAAAACAAAUGAAGAGGGUGACAGAUUGGGACAACCUAGCAGAGGGCCAAGCCUUGGGGAGAAGGAUGGAGGCAUUGAGACGAGAAGAAUCAGAGGAAUGGACAAUGUCACUGAAGGAAGCAGUGAAAUCAACCCUCACCCACAGGAUAUUGACAACCAGGGGAUGACAGAGAACUCAACUUCUGAAGCAGAUCAUCCAAACCUGGAGAGAGAAGAGAGGGCUGAAAACAGACAGGAAGCAUGCAAUGGAGAGGAACAAAGCAACAAAAUGGAACCCAGCAACACGGAGGAAGCAAGCAACACAGAAGGAGCAUGCAAGAGUAGCCAAGGUGAUCAGUCAGCUGUUGGAUGUGAGAUGGAGGGGAAAAGAUGUUCUGUCUCACAGCCAGUUGAACAGGAUGGAGACAGACCAGAAUUUGAGUGCAUUGGAAGGGAAACAUCAAAUGAAAGGCAGGCAGAAGUGCAGCCUACCAUUAUAACAGUUAAAAGAGGCAGCAAGGAAGUACUAUCCUCCAUGAAAUACAGUGCAGACAUUUCCAUUUUAUUGUCCACCGUCCAGUCGUUCUGUCCGUACUGUCAGAAGUCCAGCAUCAACAUGAUCAAACACUUACAGCUCCGACACGCCACAGAGGGAGACGUACAGGAGGCCAUCAGGAUGCCCAUAGAGUUUGAGGCAGGGAAAAAGCUGUGGGCCGACCUAAUUAAGAGGGGGAACAGGGAACACAAUGACCGAGUGAUGCAGGCGGGGGUGGGGGAUUUGAUCCCCCUAAGGCGAAUCCAUCGGGCAGCCACCCUCAAGGACUACAACUUCUGCUUCAACUGUUAUCUGUUCAUCAAGAAAGUCAACCACAUGCACAAGUACUUCUGCAAGAACUCCCGACAGACUUUUGAGGAUAUUGAGGAGGAGACCCUGAGGAAAUCUGCAGUUGACAGCAGGCACAACUGCUUCUGUAAAGCAGCAGCAAAGGCUGAAGAAGCGGGAAAUUCCUCUGAUAAAGGACGGAGAAAAAACACUAGUCCUGCAAAGUUCCAUAUCAAGUCUGAUAGUGCAAUAAAUUUUGAUCAAUUCAAAAACAUGGAGAAGAUGAAGGUCAGCAAAAGCCAGUGUUGCCUGUACUGCCAGAAGUUGUUGGUACGAAUGGCUGUCCACUUGACAUUGGCCCACUCGGAUCAGCGGGAGGUACAGGAGGCUCUGCGUCAUCCCAAGAAAUCUCCGGAGCGGCGGCGGUUGUUCCUUGUCUUGCUAAGGAGGGGAAACUACAAACACAACAAACGAAUCUCCCACCUGGGCAGCGGUUUCAUGAUCCCGGUGUCGCUGCAUCGACAGAGAUUCGGUGACCAUGGGAAGUAUACACACUGUGAAGUGUGUCUUGGGCUGUUCUCCACAAGGGGUCUCAAAAAACACAUGGAGAGCCAUCACAAUGAACCAGCUAUUACAGAGAGUACUCAGGGUCUUUUUAAUAAAGAAGGAAGUCAGAAGUCAAAACUACUCCCUCCAAGAUCAGCCAGCAGAAAAGUUAAAGACUUAAUACAGAAUGAGGCCAGUGGAGAGAUGCCAGAUGAGAUUGCAGAAUCCUCAGAUGAGGAGUGGGACAGGGCAGAAUUCCGACGAUUACAGCGAGCCAAACACCGGCGACUCCAGAAACGGAAACUCUCACAGAGGGAAGACCAAUCAGAUGAUAGAGCAGGGCAAGACAAUGCCGCAGAAGAUGUGGCUACACAACAGGACACGGCAUCAACCAAAGAGGGCCCCACAAAGGAAAAGAAAAGAAAGGUGGCAAGGAAGGGUGUCAAACUUUGGAGUGAUGAGGAGAUGGCGGCCAUUGACAGCUUCUUCAGUAACCACAUCGAGGAUCUCAGGGUUCCUGGCAAGGAACAGUGCGAGGCUGCCAAGCAGAAGUUUCCCGAGGCUCUGAAGAGGCGGGACUGGAAAGGCAUCAAGUUCUGUGUGUACAACAAAAUUCAGACCAAGAAAAAACAAGAGAGGAGGGAGGAGAAGGGGGAGGAGAAGAGCUCAGAUAAGUGUCCCUGGACCCAGCCUGAGGUGUGUGCGGUGGAGAAACACAUGCAGUCCUUCAUCAACGACCUGGUCACGCCGGGCAAGCUGGACUGUCUACAGGUGAAGCGCAGGUGUGGGGCGGUACUCAGGGGCCGCUCAUGGAAACAGAUCAAGUUCUAUGUUUAUAACCGCGUCCUGAAGCGACGCAGGAUGCAGAGUACUGAAUGAGGAUCUGAUAGACAACUCAUUGUAAAAACUUGCAAUUGUAAGAAUUAAUUUUUGAACAGGAAUUUUUCUUUUUUUACAUGAGGAACAUGUAGUUUUUAUUUGUUGUUGUUUAUGCAGACAGAUGUAUUUGUAUUUUAAUUACCAAAGUCUCAGGAAAGUUUUGCCCAUUGAAGUGUUCAGUCAUUUGCCAUUUCCUUUUUUCAUUCUAUAUACAUGUAUAUAAAACGCAUUCAAUUAUUGGUGUCUCACUAUGUGUUUAAUUUUUUCUAAAUUCAUUUUUAACAUAUUUUUCUAGACUUGCCAUCAUUUUUAACAUAUUUUGCGAGACUUGCCAUAAACGCAAUAGGAUUUCAUCCUGAGAUUGUUAUGAUUUUAUAUACAGUAUGUAUCACAUCACGGUGUAUUGAAUGACAAAUUGCAUGUUAUACAGUAUCUGUUGGUUUGAUAUAAUAAAUUCAAAUAUUGUCAG